AUGCCUGGAAAAGUGAAGGUGAAAGUGCUCGCGGGCAGGAAUCUGCCCGUAAUGGACCGUAGUAGCGAUACGACGGACGCGUUCGUGGAAAUCAAGCUCGGUAACGUGACGUACAAAACUGAUGUUUGUAGGAAAACGUUGAACCCGCACUGGAACUCGGAAUGGUACACGUUUGAGGUGGAAGACGCAGAGCUGCAGGAUGAACCGCUUCAGGUCCGGUUGAUGGAUUACGAUACCUAUACGGCAAAUGAUGCGAUUGGCAAAGUGUACAUUAAUCUCAGCCCGCUUUCACAUUCUACGAGCAAAUCCAGGACAGGGAAAGGUUCUCUUAUGUCCGGUUGGCUACCGGUGUACGACACAAUCCAUGGUGUACGCGGGGAAAUCCACGUUAUUGUGAAGGUAGAUCUGUUCACGGACUUUAAUAAGUUUCGCCAAAGUUCUUGUGGUGUAUUGUUCUUCCAUUCAUCGAAUAUACCGUAUGGCUACAGCAUUGCUAUGUACCAUGGGUUCGUAGAGGAGCUAGUCGUGAAUGAUGAUCCUGAGUAUCAGUGGAUUGAUAAGAUUCGAACACCACGUGCAUCAAACGAAGCCCGUCAGCUGGCAUUUAUGAAGCUAUCGGCACAAGUACAACGCAAAAUUGGAAUAAAAGCAAUGGAAAUGGGUGCCAACGCUGUGAUAGGUUACAUGCAGUGUUACGAUCUGGAGGGUGAUGUAGGCGUAGUGGCACGUGGCAUUGGCACUGCCGUUUCGUUGACAAAGAUAAACGAAUCAUUUUCACAGCACAUUGGCGAAGAAAUCCUGGUGGAAGAACCCAAACUAUCCGGAAGUUCCGAUUUCGGUGAUGCUCCCCGAAGAACGAUAGGAAUUAGCGCGGAAGGAAACAACCACGCAUCUGGCAACAGUCCAACGAAAUUAGGUACACCGAUUGUAAAUGCCCUGCUAACGAAAGAUUCUGCCUGUGUGCCAAUAUGUAGACGAUCGUCAGAUUCAGAUCUAAGUAUCACUCCCAAAGGCAGUUCAUGUCCGCUUGAUAAGAGCAUAGGCAUUAUACGGAAUUAUGGAGCAAACAAUGGAAAUGCAAAGUCUAUCAUGAUAAUGAACUAUGACAUGUUAGAAAUGUUAGAAUAUCCUUUUUUCACCAUGACUAAAUAUCCGGCCGGAAUCAUCCGAUACAUAGGCGCUACCGUGACCGCACGAUCCGUAAAACUAUUGGAGCGUGUACCGAAUCCUAACGAACCCGAAACCCGUGACAGUUGGUGGAAUGAGAUACGGACGGAAGUGCGAUCGCAUGCUCGUUCAUUAGGGUGCAAUGUUAUUCUCGGUUACGUAGAACAAACGACAAUUGAUGACGACAUCUGUGUACUUUCGGCCACUGGUACUGCGGCAGUUAUAAACCUUCAGUUCGGCAGUGAUAUGUGGAUGGCUGAUGCAUCGCUGAACGCUUCAGGUGAAGCGGGAACUGAAACCAUUGGCAAGGAGCAUAUGACAUCCUCACUCGAUCGGCAGGACUUUGAUCGGGAAUGCAGUGGAUCGAGAGAGCAAACCCCGAAUACGAUUGAAGGAGACGGUAUGUACGAUGGAAUCACCGGAUUGGGCAAUAAAUGUACAAUAUGCCACGUGCCAUACUCCCUCGGAUCGGUGAACUUUCGCAUCAAUGCAGUAAAAUGUUCCAUGUGCAAAAAUGGCAUUGUUCCGGAUGUGUUAAUCACUACCAUCGAAAUCCCUGAAGGUGUACCAGUAUCUGGGCGCGGAAGUCUUAUACAAGCUCAAACGAUUCGCUCUAAACGGGACCUGAAGGGUGAAGCAAACGGAAAGGAAAUAUCGGACGCGCUCCCGUUUCUGGAGUACGAAUUGCACAAGCUGCUCGUGAACAAGCUAAAAAUUAAGGGAAUGAACGCUAUUUUUGGCCUCCGAUCAAACAUAACGAUUGGAGAGAAAACGAUCGCGCUAAUCGCGACCGGUACGGGCGUUUUUCUGACAGCUCUGCCGAAACCUUUGCUUCCACAAAUUGUUGAUAGUAGUACGAUUCCUGAUGAACGUAAAAUUCAGGUACUGCAAAAGCUGGUACAGGACAUCGUGGAGCAGAACAUACAGGCGUACCAGCUGCAGUGUGUUUAUGAUUCUGAUUCUGAGCAGUUGCAGACCAACACGAUGGUUCCGAGUGUGCGGGAAGAACGAGAAGGUAAGGAGCUGGAUUUGGUGUGCAUGCAGAAAUCGGCCUGUAUAUUCGAAAUUGAUGAUAUGGCCGACUUGGAUUUAUUCUCGUUCGAAAAAGAAUCGGAGAUUGCACCAGAUGGUUUUUAUGUGGCCAAUUUACAGACGAUGCCCGGCAUUGCAACAGACGUGCUAGAUAACGUACGACAGUUUCAGCUGUUCACUCAGGUUUGGCGAGCCAAGUUGCCGUACACGAUGCAGCUUGUCACGACGAGAAAUCUCAACCAGCGCUUCCAAGGAUUACUGAAGCUGAUCUAUUACAAGCUUCGAUCCAUGCGACCCUGCGUUUUGUGCGAUUUGCGUUACAAGCUAGACUUUCCCGAAGCGGACGAAAUACAGAUCGUCAUGUCGGGCAUGACGCUCGGGCUCGGCGACGGCACAAGCCGGCUGAAGCGAAAAUGCAGCACACAAAACCAUCACACCCCGGGACCUUCGCCAUCCGUGCACGCCGGCACAGUUAGAGAGCACUCAGUACCAAUAAGAAGUAGCAAUGACGACGAAAUGAUGUUUUCUUUGGAUGAAGAUUCGAUGGACACAUCGGGGCCACCGUCAGUACCGGGCACCACACCGGUACCAUCAAUUGUAAAAAGUUUAAAAACUCGGGGCACAAAAUCAGUAACAUCUUCGUACCAUAGCAAAAUCAACCGAUCUGCUAAAAUGAUACCUUUAAAGGACGGUUACGGGGUGGACAUUACAACGCUAAGCUACAUUCCCGGUGGAAAGAUCGAAAAGUAUCUCGGGAAUCUCAACUUUUUCUUCAUUCGUGAGUGUACCUCCAUCCGCGAGACGGGUGGAAUUUGCGGAUUUGUCCAUAGUUUCAUCUCGGAAGUGCUGUCCAUCGUACGAUCGCACGUAACAUCCCUUGGCGGUAAUGCAAUGAUCGCAUUCUAUCUGAACGAUCUAACGCUACUGGACAACGUGCACAAGAACCAGGGCCAAUGUCUCAUCAGCGUUGGUGGCGACGUGGUUUUCGUAUCGUUCCACAAGGAUGAGAAAUGA